AUGCGGCACUUCAGACUGCCAUGCUCUCAGGUUUCUCUCAAUGGUGCUAUCGAGAAUGCCCGUCACGUUUUUGAUAAAAUGCCCGAAAGAGAUAUUGUUGCUUGGAAUGCUAUGUUGAGUGGGUAUGCGCAGAGUGGGCUGCCUCAGGCUGCACUUGAACUGUUCCAGGAAAUGCAAAUUGCCAAUUUUAGGCCUAAUGAAGUCACGCUAGUGAGUGCCCUUUCGGCAUGUUCUCAAUUGGGUUCUCUAGCUGUAGGCAAGUGGAUACAUGCUUACAUUGAUAGGCAUGAUAGCAUUAGAGCGACUUCAACAUUGAAUAAUUCCCUUGCGCAUAUGUAUGCAAAAUGCGGUAGGUUGGAUGCCGCAUUCCGUGUGUUUGUUGAGAGACGGCCUAGGAACUUGGAGUCAUGGAAUACUAUGCUCACCAGUUUUGCCAUCCAUGGAUGUGGGAGUGCCGCUCUCUCUCUUUUCUCACAAAUGAUGAGGAUGGGUUUGACGCCUGACAGGAUUAGCUUUGUCGGAUUGUUGAUGGCAUGUAGUCAUGGCGGUAUGAUUGACCAUGCUACUAGAUGCUUUGAUUGCAUGAAUCGAGUGUAUGGUAUCGAACCCAAGUCCGAGCACUAUGGAUGUAUGGUGGACGUUCUUUCUCGUGGAGGGUUUCUUGAGGAGGCCCAAUUGCUUAUAGAUAGCAUGCCUUUUGAACCAGAUGCUUAUGUUUGGGGGGCUCUUCUGGGUGGUUGCUUAACCCAUAAAAACUAUGAGCUUGGUUUGCACACAGCGAAAUGCCUUCUUGAGCUAGAGCCUGAUGAAGAGAGUCGUCACAUAGCUCUCUUGAACCUUCAUGCGAUGUCUGGUAAAAGAGAAGAUGCCACAAUGGUGAGGAACACGAUGAUUGAUAUGGGAGUCAAUAAGUCUUCUGGGAGUAGCAAGAUUGAGAUUAAUGGCAUUAGUGUUCAAGAAGAUCACUUCACAAGCAUGCUAUCAGUUCAGAAACGAGGUGCUGUAUAA